UUUGCAUUGUGCGAACGCGUCAUUCGUGAAAAAAACUUCGUAGCGUUCGGACUUGACGUUCCUCUGCCAGUAGAAAAAAUAUUGUCGUGCAAGGAAAAUUUAUGAAAAAAAAUAUUAAUCGGGUGUUAAUCCAUUCCAAAGUGUUGUAAAAAUUAUUUGGAAUUUUCGUUCUGCUUGUGUACAAAAAUAGAAAUUAAAUAAAAUGGCUGGUGGCAAAGCUGGUAAAGAUUCGGGAAAAGCAAAAGCAAAGGCAGUAUCUCGAUCAGCACGAGCGGGACUUCAGUUUCCUGUUGGUCGUAUACAUCGCCAUCUAAAAAGCCGUACAACAUCCCAUGGUCGUGUAGGUGCAACGGCUGCAGUUUAUUCCGCUGCGAUUCUGGAAUAUUUGACUGCUGAAGUACUAGAGUUGGCAGGUAACGCCUCAAAAGAUCUUAAAGUCAAACGUAUCACACCGCGUCACUUGCAGUUGGCUAUUCGUGGUGACGAAGAACUUGAUAGUCUGAUUAAAGCAACCAUUGCCGGUGGUGGUGUCAUUCCACAUAUUCAUAAGUCGUUGAUUGGCAAGAAGGAGGACAACGUUCAAGACCCACAGAGAAAAAAUACUGUAAUUCUCUCCCAGGGGUAUUAAUUUUUAUUUUAAUAAUAACAUUUCUUUUUAACAACUUAUGAUAAUUUUCGUAUUGUUAUACAAGUAAUAUUAAUUAUCAUAUAAUUUUUUCUUAAACGAAAAGCCUAACUUUAAAACAAUAUUUUACACGCAAAUAAAAAAAUUGAUGAAAGCAUAAAAUAAAUAAAUAAAA